UUUCAUUACAAGAUCGCACGUUCUCCCCCAACCCCAACAUGCUUCCAACAAUCAUUCCCACCCUAAAAAACACUAGUGUUUUUAGUUUGUCAAAACACAAACUCUUCUCAUACUUCCCAUCUCCGCCGCCCUAACACCGCCGCGGAAAUGGGUCCCAUUUCCCUCCUCCUCCUCCUCCUCUUCAUCAAUGCCGACGCCAAAUCUUCUUCUUCCUCAUUCACUCCCGCAGAUAACUACCUCAUCAACUGCGGAUCACCUGAUCCCACCCUUCUCGACGACGCCAGGACUUUCAAAUCCGACCCCCAAUCCUCUUCCUACUUAUCCACAGACGAAGACAUUCUAGCUUCCGUCGCUUCUCUUCCCGACGCUCCGCCGCCGUCGCUGUUUCUGACUGCAAGAAUCUUCCACCACACCUCCAUGUACAGGUUCCUCAUAACCAAACCCGGCCUCCAUUGGAUCCGCCUCCACUUCCACCCCCUCCCCCACCCCACCUACAACCUCACCUCCGCCACCUUCUCCGUCUCCACCGACGACACCGUGCUCCUGCAUGGCUUCUCCGCCGCCACAGCCGUCUUCAAGGAGUACCUCAUCAACACCACCUCCGACAAGCUCACCUUAAAAUUCUCCCCGAUGAGAAACUCCGUCGCCUUCGUCAACGCCCUCGAGGUCGUCUCCGCCCCGGACGACCUCGUCCCCGACUCCGCCUCCGCCGUCCCCGCCGGAGAAGCCUCCGUCGUCAAUAAAUACGCUUUUGAAGUCUCCUACCGCCUCAACGUCGGCGGCCCCGCCGUCACCCCGAGAAACGACACUCUUUCUCGGACGUGGCGGACCUCCGGGGAGUUCAUGGCCUUCCCUGAUGGCGCGAGGAACGUGUCGGUGCCCAACGACGCGAUAACCUACCCGAGUGGCGGCGCGACGCCGCUUACCGCCCCGUACCCCGUCUACGCGACGGCGGACCAGAUGGCGGACUCCGCCACCAGCGAUCCGAAUUUCAACCUAACAUGGAUAAUGAGCGUUGAUCCGAGCUUUUCAUACCUAAUUAGACUCCAUUUUUGUGACAUUGUGAGCAAAGGGCUCAACGAGCUCUACUUCAACGUCUACAUAAACGGAGCCACCGGCGCCGCCAAUCUCGACCUCUCCACUCUCACGAAUGGUUUAGCGAUACCUUACUACAAGGACUUCGUGCUCAACGCCUCCGCGAUCACCAAUGGCAGCGUGGUGGUUCAGGUCGGCCCCGCUUCCAACGUCGUCUCCGCCUUGCCCAACGCCAUCCUCAACGGCAUCGAGGUGAUGAAGAUGAGCAACUCCGCCGGCAGUUUGGACGGCCUCUUCUCAUCCGAUGGCGCGAAGAAGAUUAAUUCAGGCAUGAGAGUUGCCGCCGUCGUUGGCCUAGCGCUGUCAGCCACAGCGGCGGCGCUGCUCCUCUUUGCGGCUGUGAGAUGGUGCAGGAGGCCGAAAUUAGGGUAUGAGAAACAAAAAACCUUCUCUUCAUGGCUGCUCCCUCUGAAUUCGAGUCAAUGCAGCUUCAUGUCUAGCAAGAGCAAGACCUUCUCCACCAUCGCCAACUCCGGCGUCAAUCUCGGCAGAUUCUUCACUCUCAACGAGCUCAAGGAAGCAACGAAAAACUUCGACGAGAAAAGCGUCGUCGGAGUCGGCGGAUUCGGGAAGGUCUACCUGGGCGAAAUCGACGGCGGCGCCACCAAACUCGCGAUCAAGAGAGGCAAUCCAUCUUCAUCGCAGGGGAUCAACGAGUUCCAAACGGAGAUCCACCUCCUGUCGAAGCUCCGGCACCGGCACCUCGUCUCGCUCAUCGGCUACUGCGACGAGCAGUCGGAGAUGAUCCUCGUGUACGAGUACAUGGCCAACGGGCCCCUGCGCGACCACCUCUACGGCUCCGGCCACCUCCCUCCCCUGCCGUGGCGGCGGCGCCUCGAGAUCUGCAUCGGCGCGGCCAGGGGGCUGCAUUACCUCCACACGGGGUCGACGCAAGGGAUCAUCCACCGCGACGUGAAGACAACCAACAUUCUCCUAGACGAGAAUUUAUUGGCGAAGGUCUCGGAUUUCGGGCUGUCGAAAGCUGGGCCGGCGUCGGUGGAUCAGACGCACGUGAGCACGGCGGUGAAGGGGAGCUUCGGGUACCUGGACCCGGAGUACUUCCGGCGGCAGCAGCUGACGGAGAAGUCGGACGUUUACUCGUUUGGAGUGGUGCUGUUCGAGGUGCUGUGCGCGAGGGCGGCGCUGGACCCGGCGCUGCCGAGGGAGCAGGUGAACCUGGCGGAGUGGGCGAAGCAGCGGCACGCCAAGGGGGAGACGGAGGGGAUCGUGGACCCGGCGAUUGCCGGGACGAUCACGCGGGAGUCGCUGGAGAAGUAUGUGGAGGCGGCGGAGAAGUGCCUGGCGGAGUAUGGUGUGGACCGGCCAUCCAUGGGGGAUGUGCUGUGGAAUCUUGAGUAUGCCCUGCAGCUGCAGGGGGCGGAGGAUUCCAAGAUUCAUGGGGCAGAUAUGACUGAUGAUUCAGGACUGCUUGUUGCUUCUUCUCCUAUGUUUCUUGAGGGUUUGAGUGCAAGAUGAUGAGGAAAUGUGCUUUCUUCUUAAUUUGUUUUACAUAGGUUAAUUGGAAGUAUCUAUCUAUCAAUGUUUUUAAUUUAUGUGAUUUCAUGCAAUCUUCUUCAAAUGUUUCGUGAAGAUUGUUUGGAGAUGAAUAAUCUAAUUUUAAGUUCUUC